AUAGGUUUUUAGAAAUUAAGUAAUUUCUCAUCUGGAUCUUGUCUAACAAAAAUGGUGAGAGAAGGUCAAGAGGAGGAGGAGGAGGAGGAGAUGAUAAUGACGGUGGCGGCGACGACUAAACCUGCAUGGCUUGAAGGAUUAAUUGCGGAAACUUUCUUCUCGAGCUGUGGGAUCCAUGAGAGUCGCCGUAAAAGCGAGAAGAACGUAUUUUGCUUGCUCUGUUGUCUCAGUGUUUGUCCUCACUGCCUCCCUUCGCAUCGAUCCCAUCCUCUUCUUCAGGUGAGACGAUACGUAUACCACGAUGUCGUUCGGCUGAGUGAUCUUGAGAAGCUCAUAGAUUGCUCAUAUGUUCAGCCAUAUACAAUUAAUGGAGCUAAAGUGAUAUUCAUAAACCAAAGACCACAAUCAAGAGCCAAGGUCUCAUCAAAUGUUUGCUUCACUUGUGAUAGAAUCCUUCAAGAACCAUUCCACUUUUGUUCUCUCUCUUGCAAGGUGGAUUACUUAAUUUAUCAAGGAGAUGAUCUAUCAAGCAUUCUCUAUAGAAUCGAUGAAUCGGAUUUCACGUUUGCAAGUUUGAGAAUGGACGGACACGAUCAGUUUGGAGAGAUAUCAACAAUGGUGGACGAUGCCGACGAUAUUAUGGUAAUCUCAGAUCAAUCGGAGCAAGGUAACAAUAGUAAUAAGAAAGAGAAAAAGAAAAAGAAGAAGAAAGAGAGCAAUUACUUUCCCGGAAUGGUUCUUUCACUUGGCAGCAGAAGAAAAGGUGCUCCUCAUAGGGCUCCUUUCUCAUAAUUUAAAACAAGGAAGCCAUAACAGAAAAUUAUAAGCAUUCAUAUACGUGUCUCUGUGUAUCAUGUUUCUUUGAUUAGGUAUAAUCCUAUUUCAUGAGCUGAUCACCAAAAUGUGUUGUCUUUUAUGGGGUUGUUUAUUUGUUUUCAGUUUUUGUGUUGAUGUGAAAUCAGUUCUCACGUUUAUUUGUUGAUAAAUUAUUAGCUUUUCAUGAAUAAAGGCUGUAUAUCAUUUGGUACUUUGUAAGAGUAUAUAUAAUACUCAAGAUUAUUUAUACAUAUUAAAAAUUAAAAUUUAUUUUAUUUAUUAUUUUUUGGUUUAAUUUUUAUUUAGUUUUAAGUUUUAUAGUAAGUUUUUAGAUAAAGUAGUUAUAUCAUUUAUAUUUGUAUAUAUUAAUUUUCUAGCUUUAAGAUCAUUUACAAUGUAUUUCUCUAUUUUUUCUUCUAAAAUAGAAGAAUUCUAUAAUAGAGAUGGAUUUGUUUCCAAUGUAUUUAUCUAUUUUUUUUUCUAAAAAACAAUUCUUGAUAUAUUAUUUUCUAAUUUUAUAAAUAGUACAUUUUAUUUGUGAAAAUUGAAAACCAACUUAAUUUAGUUUAACAUUCAUAAAAUUAUGAUAUUAUUUAUACUGAAUAUUUUUAUAGAAACUAUUAUGUAAAUAAAAAGUAUGAAUAUAUGUUUAUAUAAACAGUAAAUUUUCACUAAAAUAUAUUUACUUUAGUUAUAAUUGUUAAAGUAAAAAGCUAUUGGAUCAUUUUAUGAAUAAAAAAAUAUGCCUCUAUUAUAAAGAAAUGCUAUUUUUUCCUUUAAAUAUAAAGGUGAAAAUAGCAAUCUCUAUUUUAAAGGAAGAAAUAAAGUAGUAUUUGAGUGAUUUUAUCUCUAAAUGUUAUUAUAGAAACAAAUAUAUAGAGAGAUUGAAGAUGCUCUAAGUAAAAUAUAUUUUUUCCGUUCCUAAAAGAUAUACUUUUUAAUAUUUUCACACGUAUUAAGAAAAUACAUUAAAAUACCAUAAUAAAUGUAUUGUUUUCUGUUAUUUUUAAUUUUUCAAUAACUUUUAACCAAUAAUAAUUCAAUAAAAUCAAUUAAUUUUUUUGAAUUUUAUAAUUUUUUCAUAGAAAACACAAAAAAUACAUAUUUUUGAAACAAACGUUUUUUUUAGAAAGUCUAUCAUUAAGAAACGGAAGGAGUACUAAUUAAAGUACAAAACAUCACUUUUAAAUUCUAAAUUAAUUUGAAUAUCAUUUUUAAAUAUAGAAGAAACAAAAGUAAUUUUAAAAUGGAAUAUUGAAAGCGGACUCGUAGUUUGGGUAAUUUUUAUUGGGAGAUGGAAGAAACGAAAACAAGUUUUCACUGACAGCUGAAAAGUAGCUGAUGUGUCAUGAUUCAUGAAUGCCAUUCCAUUAUAUACACACGCAAUAAUACGGCGUAUGAUUAUUAUAUUCAUGCAUACGUAUUUACUCGUGAUGUUUAAUUUGAUAUCAUACAGCAGCACCUUUUUUUAUACCUUACCAUUUUUUUUUUUGUAACACUUAUACCUUACCAUUUUUUUGUAACACUUAUACCUUACCAUUUAUUCUUCUUUUUUGGUCAAUCUACCUUUUUACCAUCUACCGAGGCUUCAAAUAAAAAAAAAUGGAUCACGCGUUACGAAUCUAGCAGAUCGAGUGGAUUGAACGAAAUAAGAGUAGAUCAAGCGAAUCUAGCGGUUCAAGUAUAUAUCAAACCGAUCUAAAGGAUCAAAAUUUUGUUUGAAUAAUGAAAGUGGAUAAAAAGUGGUUCAAAUCACUUUACAAAUACGAAAUAAUUAUUUUCAUAAUUAAAAAAAGUUAGUUUAAAAUACUUUAUAAAUGAAAAAUAAUUUGAGUAAGUAUAAAUAUUUUUCAAAAUAUAAAAAAUAAUAAUUUAAACACAUAUGUAAAUCUAUUUUGAGCUUUAAAAUUAUAUAUAUAUAUAUA